CAAAGUUUAUUUUCAUAAAGAAUAUUUGUAAAAAAUAGCGUUUUUCUAUCGGCCUGUUAGGGGGAGAACCUAGCCCAAUAAAAGUUUGGCCUGUUAAAGGCUUUUGUUGCCGUCGGAUCUAGGUUUAUUCCCCCAAGAUAUAAAUACCUUUAUCUUCGUCUUCACCAUUCCCUUUGGCUCAGUAAUAUAACUCAGCUGAAUUCAGAGACGCCCGCCUGAGUUGUUUUAGCCGGAGUAGAACAAGAUGGUUCAGAGGCUCACUUAUCGGAAACGCCAUAGUUACGCUACUAAGUCCAAUCAACACAGGAUUGUCAAGACCCCUGGUGGGAAGCUUGUAUACCAGACUACCAAGAAGAGAGCUAGCGGUCCUAAAUGUCCUGUUACUGGUAAAAGAAUUCAAGGGAUUCCUCACCUGAGGCCUGCUGAAUACAAGAGGUCCAGAUUGCCAAGGAACCGCAGGACAGUCAAUCGGGCUUAUGGAGGUGUGCUAUCCGGGAGUGCUGUCAGAGAGAGGAUCAUCCGAGCUUUCUUGGUUGAAGAACAGAAGAUUGUCAAGAAGGUUUUGAAGAUUCAGAAGGCCAAGGAAAAGCUAUCUUCAAAGAGCUGAAAUGAAGUUGCAAUCAUGUAGUUGCAGGUUUCCUUCUUGAUUUAGAGGAAUUUUCAAUGUGUUUUGAAACAAAGUUUUGGCUUCUAAUGACGAUGAUGAAUAUUUGUGCAAAUAUGGACGAUGUGGUAGAUUCAUCAGAUGGUUUCUAUCUAAUGUUGUUUUAUUCCGGAACAAAUUAUGUUCAAGAAUCUAUAAGCCUCUCUUUUCUCAAUCAAGAGUUUCUGCUUCUGUAACACAAUGAUGCACAUAUUUCCUGGAGAACCCACAAUGGUUUGAUUAGAACACGAAACUUAGCUGGGGAAGCUUGACAAUGUUCUUUCUUACUUUUUGCCUUUUUAAUUCAAGAAGCUAUUAUUCUCUGGCGAGCCUUGAGCAGA